GUGUAGUUCGCGGUGAAAGCAGUAUCAGUGUUCUAUUCGAAUUGUUCCAGUGUUAAUAAACAGUUUAGUAGUGAAAAAUAGUGUUUAGUGACGAUUAAAAUUUUCAUAGGUAAAUCUAACAGUAAGUUUAACCUUUUGUGGUUUUGUAUUGUUUUAGCGUUAUGGAGACCGAUACUCAACAAACUACAGCUCCCGCUGAUGCACAGCUACCUGCAGAGAUUGAGGCCAUAAUUAAAGCGACAGUUGAGCAAACCGUUGUUAGUUUAAUGGAAAAACGACUUGGUAAACGGAAACAUCAAAGGUCCAGGUCUAGAUCUAAGAGCAGAAGUCGUUCCAGAUCUCGAAGCCGUGGUGGACGUUCCAGAUCUCGAAGCCGUGGUGGACGUUCCAGAUCAAGAAGCAGGGGUAAACAUGACAGAUCUCAAAGCCGUGGUCUCUGUGGAAAAUUUGGACGAAAAAAUAAAGAUAAAUGGAAUAGUUUGGUAGAUUUUGGAUACCCACCCCAUCAUCAUUCCCAUUUCCACCACCAUCAUCAUCCACCAGGUGUGUUCGGUAAGAAUUUUCAUUUUAAGCGUCAUGGUAAACAUGGAAGACAUGGUAAACAUGGAAGGCAUGGUAAAAGGUUUCCAUUUCCUUGUGAAUAUUUUAGUAGCUCUAGCAAAGAAGAAGAACAAAAUCCCCAAAGUGAACAGGAGGAACAAAAUCUCCAACGUGACAAGGAAGGUACUCCGGCUGCCGAUAAGAGUUUAAGAGAGAAUUUUGAAAUCCUUGAGAUUGAUGACUGAGCAAACGGGAAGAUAUUUUAUACAUUUUAGAUGACAAACAUUGUAAAAGGCCUUGUAGUGGACAAAAAAUUAAAACGAAAUAAUGUGUAAUAACUAUUCCCUAUUAUAUUUAAAGAUAAAAAAUAUGUACCAAUAUACAAGCUAUAUUUACAUUAAUAUUGUAUAAUGUUAUAAUUAUAUAAAAUAAAUAUUCUUUUAAAAUA